AUGAAGAGCAGCUACAAGGAGCAGUGGCUGCAGGCAAUGAAGAGUGAGAUGAAGUCGCUUGAAGAAAACAGCACAUGGAAGCUAGUGGACAUGCCACCGGGCAAGAAGGCCGCGCGCUUGGUUGCGAAAGAGUUCACGCAGCGUCCUGGCAUCGACUACAACGAGACCUUUGCACCAGUGGCGCGCAAGGAAUCUAUCAACACAGCGUUAGCGAUCGCUGCAGCUGAAGACCUGGAAGCAGAAAAUGCUGAUGUCGACACAGCGUUUCUCUACGGCGAAGUGGAAGAGGAGAUCUACAUGGACCAACCUGACGGUUUUGAGGAUGAAGGAAGCCCGAAAAAGAAGUGUUUGCUGCAGAAGGCGCUAUACGGGACGAAGCAAGCGGCGCGGCAGUGGAAAAAUAAGUUGAGUCAGCACUUGGAUGAUCAAGGGUUCAAGAGCAGUGCAGCGGACCCGUGUGUGUUCGUUCGAGUGACAAGAGAGGAGUACAGCAUCAUCGUGAUCUACGUGGACGACUUAAUGCUUUUCUGCAAGACGAAGGGGCACAUCGCAAGUAUCAAGAACUCAUUGAUGGAAGAUUUCAGCAUUAAAGAUCUUGGAGAUCUCAAGUACUGCCUAGGGAUCGAGAUUCAUCGCAAGCGCGAAGAUGGAACGAUCAAGAUGAACCAGAAGGCGUACAUCAAGCGACUUUCGGAGAAGUUUGGCGUUGAAAACUGCAAGGACGUGCACACGCCGGCAGACAGUAACUCGAAGCUGAUCAAGAUGGGUCAAGAGGAAGCGUUUGUACCAAUGUACACAUACCGUGGGCUGGUGGGCGCUUCAAUGUACAUCGCCACGUGUACUCGACCGGACAUUGCGCAUGCGGUUGGCGAAGUUGUGAAGUUUUGUGAGCGCUACGACAAGUCGCAUUGGACAGCAGCAAAGCGGAUUCUUGAGUAUCUCAAGACGACUCAAGACUUAAUCAUCGUGUUCAGCGGCAUCAACAAGGGAGAGCUGAUUGGAUUCGCGGGUGCAAACUGGGCUGGCGACCUCGACACGGCGUUCGACAACAGGAUACGUUUUCUUCUUGAACGGAAGCGUGAUAUCGUGGAAUUCGAAGCGUCAACCAACGGUCGCGACCUCAAGUACUGA